GGAACUCGCUUCAUGCAGCUGACACUGCUUCAAAGCCUCAGGCAACUCGCAGACCCACAGAAGAUAUCAGUCCUAUCAGAGAUACACAGAUGAAGUGGGAGGCCAAAAUGAUAAAAUUGCAGAUGUUGCCAUGCUUGGCUAGCAUUAAAAACCACCCCAUCCUAUCUUCUUAUCACUGGCAUCAGCUCCAGGACUGAAUGACUCUCUCACUUCAUAGGGUAAUUGUGCCUGUGACAGAGCAGAAGACCUCCAAAAGAUGAACUCCCUGGUCAGCAGCUCACACCUCCAGCUGGCUGCCUUUGCUCUGGGUACUGUAGGCUGGAUCCUGUGCACUAUUUCAAUGGGAACUGUGGAAUGGAGAGUGUGGCAUGUGGACAACAUCACCAUAAUCUCCUCCGGCAUUGCCUGGGUGGGGAUUUGGAAAGUCUGCUUCAUCAGUUACCUUCAGGUCUCACCUGGCUAUAAAGAACAGUUCUGCCAUAAAUUCAGUGGUUAUGACUCCUCCAUCCCACCCGAAAUCUAUGCUGCUCAGGGUCUCCUGCUGAUCGCCAUGUUCACAGGCUUGCUGGGACUGACUGCCACAAUCUUUGCUCUGAGGAAUGUUUAUAUGGGAAUCACUCACAAAACUCUCAUUACCCGUUUCUUCCUGGUGGGUGGCUGUUUCUACAUAUUUGCUGGUCUGUGUGUCCUGAUUCCUGUGAGCUGGAAUUUCUACUCUGUAGCACAUAACCAGAGCAUUGCUUUUCCUCCAUCUUACUACAUGCCCUCAAGCCCAGCAGCACAGGAAGUCGGUGCUGCCAUUCCUGUUGGGAUUGUAGCUGUCAUCCUCCUGCUACUAAGUGGGAUUUUUUCCCUCUUGUACAGAUUUCCGGUGACCACAAACGCUAUCACAAAAUGCUGACAGGACAAAUUCCCCCAAGCUGUUUCAGAACAAGAGCAUAGUCAAGAGAUAAGGAUGGCAGCACAAGUGGCUUUAUAAUCAAGGCACUGCAGAAUUUGACUUUAGGUUAUAGUAGCCACACUAUUUUGUAUAUGAACCAGCUGAAUUACUACCUUAGUUGUCACAUAUGACUGGAGGGUCAUCUUUGAGAUGACUGCUGAUGAACAAGCAGUUAAGUUUUACCAGUUGUCCUCUUUUGUAUAUACAAAUGUCAUUGAUUAAUUUAUUUUCUGUGUAAGGUAUUUACCAUGCUCAAAAA